CCUGCAGCAGCUGAGCGUGGCUGGGGCGGGGUCACCCCUGCGACCCACCUGUGCCACAUCCUUGUGGGCCCCGCACUGUGGCUCUGAGAAGAUGCGGGGCACAGCCGCGCCCGGGCGGCCGGCGGAGGCAGGAGUGAAUGAGAGAGGAAUGAAUGAGGGGCCGGCGGGUGCCUGAAUGGAGGGGUGGCCGGCGAGGUGGCGCGCCAGGAGGAACGAGCCUCUCCCUCCGCCCUCCGGGUCUCCGGCUGGGGGCUCCCCUCCCCGCCGGCCCCCCCUCCCCGCGGCGCGCAGCCCGCCGGAGCCCGCGCCCAGCCACAGCCCGCGCCGGAGCCGAGCGAGCCGCGGCCACGCAGCCCUGGGAGGGGGCUCCGGGCCCCCUCCCCGCCCCUGCCCGGGAGCAGGACCUUCGGGGCCGGACGGCCGCGUCCCCGGGGCCAGGUGCACGGACCAACAGCCCAGGACGCCGGGGUCUUGCAGCCAACAGGAAGCUUGGGGCUGUGACCCCAAGGCCCUGGGUGCCGGACUCGGGGCCCCGAGGUCCCGGGGCAGAGGCCUGGCUGCCGGCCCUCCGCAGGGCCCAGCAUGUCCCAGGGCUGCAAACGCGCCUGAGCUCAUGGAGAACCAGACCCGGCUUCCCACGGGCCUCGGGGAACUGUCCCCUGCACCUCCCGACUACGAGGACGAGUUUCUCCGCUACCUGUGGCGGGACUAUCUGUACCCGAAGCAGUAUGAGUGGGUCCUCAUCGCCGCCUACGUGGCUGUGUUCCUCGUGGCCCUCGUGGGCAACACUCUGGUCUGCCUGGCUGUGUGGCGGAACCACCACAUGAGGACGGUCACUAACUACUUCAUCGUCAACCUGUCCCUGGCAGACGUGCUGGUGACGGCCAUUUGCCUGCCAGCCAGCCUGCUGGUGGACAUCACCGAGUCCUGGCUCUUUGGCCAUGCCCUCUGCAAGGUCAUCCCCUACCUGCAGGCCGUGUCUGUGUCGGUGGCGGUGCUGACGCUCAGCUUCAUCGCCCUGGACCGCUGGUACGCCAUCUGCCACCCGCUGCUGUUCAAGAGCACAGCCCGGCGCGCACGGGGCUCCAUCCUGGGCAUCUGGGCCGUGUCGCUGGCUGUCAUGGUGCCCCAGGCGGCUGUCAUGGAAUGCAGCAGUGCCCUGCCCGAGCUGGCCAACCGCACCCGGCUCUUCUCGGUCUGUGACGAACGCUGGGCAGAUGAUCUUUAUCCCAAGAUCUACCACAGUUGCUUCUUCGUGGUCACCUACCUGGCCCCCCUGGGCCUCAUGGCCAUGGCCUACUUCCAGAUCUUCCGCAAGCUGUGGGGGCGCCAGAUUCCCGGCACCACCUCUGCCCUGGUAAGGAACUGGAAGAGGCCUUCAGACCAGUUGGAGGAGCCAGGGCAGGGCCCUGGCACAGAGCCCCCGCCUCGGGCACGCGCCUUCCUGGCCGAGGUGAAGCAGAUGCGAGCUCGGAGGAAGACAGCCAAGAUGCUGAUGGUGGUGCUGCUGGUCUUCGCUCUCUGCUACCUACCCAUCAGCGUCCUGAAUGUCCUCAAGAGGGUGUUUGGGAUGUUCCACCAAGCCAGCGACCGAGAGGCCGUGUACGCCUGCUUCACCUUCUCGCACUGGCUGGUGUAUGCCAACAGCGCCGCCAACCCCAUCAUCUACAACUUCCUCAGCGGCAAGUUCCGGGCGCAGUUUAAGGCUGCCUUCUCCUGCUGCCUGCCUGGCCUGGGUCCCUGCGGCUCUCCGAGGGCCCCCAGCCCCCGCUCCUCUGCCAGCCACAAGUCCUUGUCCUUGCAGAGCCGCUGUUCUGUCUCCAGAGUCUCCGAGCACGUGGUGCUCACCAGCGUCACCACGGUUCUGCCCUGAACAUGGGCGCAUGGGGCUCGUGGGGCCGCCCGGCUCCCCCCAACUGCUGGAUGCAUCGUGGAGUCGGGCUGCUCCGGGACAGGCUUUCUGCCGUGUGACUCUCGGGAACUCGCUCCCGGGGCCGGGCAUGCUCGGGAAAGCAGAAAGUGCUGUCAGCUGUCAAGGCUUGUGGGCAAGGUGAUCACCGUAGACCCCCCUCGUCCGCCCAGGUGCCCCUGGCCUCAGGCUUAGGCCUAUCCAGCAGGCAGCCCCGUGGGCUCCCCAAAGUCGCUGUUGCCCGGAGGCAGGGUAGACAAAUGGGGGCCUCCUCCCCCGCACCUGGCCCUGUGCGUGCGUGCACCAUAGACAGAAUUCUGUCGGCUUUGGUGGUGUGAUAAAACACUCUCCAUGUGGCCAUUUGGCAUAGAGGCCAGCCGCCGGAAGCAACUGUAAUUAAAAGCCGGGCACUGAAUGUUCCCUUUCCUUGUCAUUGCACAAAAUCUGUGCUGCUCGAGAGGAGGGAGGGAGGAGGUAGGGGAGCCGAGACGACCUGCAGCCCUGGGAGGCCGUCACCUGCUGGAACACCCCCUCCCCCUGCCCCACGCUGCUUCCUGCAGACCUCUGGGUGUCCAUGUGCCACUCCUCCUGCGGGGCCUGUCGAGAUGCCCAGGACCUGGGGCCCUGACACACCUGUCUUCUCUUGGGCUCAGAGGGGGCACUCCGCAGGCUGUAGACCGAUUUCUGGUUAUCUUCAUCGUCUUGGAAAUUGGACUUGGCACUGAUUGCCUAUGGACUCACAGGACGGAAAGGGAAAGUCACUGGCAGCUCUAGACGUGCCCCGUCUGCCACUGAGGUGAUUAGCAGCUCGCUGGGGCCUCAGUGUCUGCAGGUGGGCAAGGCCCCACACCACCAAGUCUGCGUCACUUGACGGAUGGAGCCGGGAGCUCCGUGCUAGAAAGUGGAGCAGAUGUGGCCUGCAGCCCACCACGACCACUAGGACAGCAGCGGGGCCGGCCAUGCCGCCUCUCCUGGAGAUGGCGCUUACGUGCUCUCAUAGGCAUAGCCGCAGCCAUGGACCGUCCUGCCCCCUCCACUAGCCCACGACCAGGGAUGACGGUGGUGUGCAGAAUGAGGUCUAACUGAUGCCCACGAGGGCCAGCCUGGGUCCUGAGCUCUUAGGCCCCCAAAGGACACCAGGGUAAGAAACCGGGGUUCCCGCAAAUGUCUGGCUGGGUGCAGAGCACUGCAGCUCUGCUCUCCGCUCUGCCAGCAGUCUAGUGCCGCCACGGUAGGCUCAGAUAACCAGAGAAGGCUCAGGGAUGCUCAGCGGAGCGUCGCUUAAGAGCCUGACUCUCAGGUGAGAGGGCUUGGGACGAUGGGCGGAGUGGGGCAGGGAGCUAGGAAGUGGGCACACAGGAAGAGGAGAAGUUGUUUUGGUGGCCCAAAAGAAAACCACGCGCGCUUUCACGGUGGCGGGACCGUUCGUGGUGCAAUCCACAGCAGGGAGAGGUGUCGACUAGCCAAGAUGGACACGGGGGCCUGCAAAGUCCAUUGUGCUGUCACUGGAUGGUGGCAAAGGAGGCUCGACCCUGGAGCACUCGGCUGUAUUUGAGCACUGGCCUCGGUAGCAUGGGGCAGCCCGAGAACGGGGCAGACGCCUCCACCCUGACACAUCCACAGAGCCCCACAGAGCUGCUUCCCCAGCAAAACAAGCCAACGAAACUCCCACUUUCCCAGCUUCAUCCCCCAAAGCAGGAUUAUGACCCCCGCUGCCCUGAUAAGGUCCCUCAGGCAAAGCAGAAUGUCUGGGCUCUUGGCCUUUGAUUGAAAUUUUGUCAGCUCACUACAGACAGUGUAUACUGGUUAUCACGCUGAUCUGAAGAUGUGGCUGGCAAGUACAGAUGUCUGAGCUUAAUAAACGUUAUGACUUAAUAAAUGCUGUUUGUCUGGAAGAUAAAAA